GUUUGAAUUAUUAGAGGUUUUGAGUUUUGAUUCUGUGAGACGACGAAUGAGUGUCAUUGUUAAAUCUUCAGCAGGUGAUAUAUUUCUCUUUUGCAAGGGAGCAGAUUCCUCCAUAUUUCCUAGGGUAAAAGAAGGCAAAAUCGAGCAGGUUCGAUCGCGAGUGGAACGCAAUGCCGUGGAGGGACUGCGAACUUUGUGCGUUGCAUACAAAAAACUCUCAGCAGAAGAAUAUAGCCAUGCACAGAAGCUGCUUCAGAAUGCAAAGUUGGCUCUCCAGGACCGGGAAAAGAAGUUGGCAGAAGUGUAUGAGAAGAUAGAAAGAGAUUUUAUCUUACUUGGUGCUACAGCUGUUGAAGAUCGACUACAAGAAAAAGCUGCUGACACUAUUGAAGCACUCCAGAAAGCAGGAAUUAAAGUCUGGGUUCUGACAGGAGACAAAAUGGAAACUGCUGCAGCUACUUGCUAUGCUUGUAAACUCUUCCGGAGAAACACCCAAAUCCUGGAGCUAACCACCAAGAAAAUUGAGGAGCAGAGUUUACACGAUGUGCUCUUUGACCUAAGCAAAACUGUCCUCAGACACAAUGGCAGCUUAACCAGGGAUACUUUCUCAGGACUUUCAACUGAUAUGCAAGAUUAUGGUUUAAUUAUUGAUGGAGCAGCACUGUCAUUAAUAAUGAAACCAAGGCAAGAUGGGAGCUCUGGUAACUACAGAGAGCUCUUCCUUGAGAUCUGCAGGAACUGCAGUGCAGUGUUAUGCUGUCGAAUGGCACCUCUGCAAAAAGCACAGAUUGUAAAACUAAUUAAGUUAUCAAAGGAGCAUCCUAUCACAUUAGCAAUUGGUGAUGGAGCAAAUGAUGUCAGUAUGAUUUUAGAAGCACAUGUUGGUAUAGGAAUCAUUGGCAAAGAAGGUCGUCAAGCAGCAAGAAACAGUGACUAUGCAAUACCUAAAUUUAAACAUUUGAAAAAAAUGUUGCUUGUUCAUGGGCAUUUUUAUUACAUUAGGAUAUCUGAACUUGUGCAAUACUUCUUUUAUAAGAAUGUCUGCUUCAUUUUUCCUCAGUUUUUAUAUCAGUUCUUCUGUGGGUUUUCACAACAGACUUUAUACGAUACUGCGUAUCUAACACUGUACAAUAUCAGCUUCACUUCCCUUCCUAUCCUCUUGUACGGUCUAAUGGAACAACAUGUCAGUGCAGACACACUCAAGAGAGAGCCUUCCCUGUACAGAGAUGUUGCCAAGAAUGCUUUGCUGCGCUGGCGUGCAUUUAUUUAUUGGACAUUCCUAGGAGUGUUUGAUGCUGUGGUAUUUUUCUUUGGUGCCUAUUUAUUGUUUGACAACACAGUUGUGACCAGCAAUGGACAGCUAAUGACAACCAGCACUCACAUG